AUGGCAUUGUGUCUGUGACUCAUUCAGCAGUUUUGUAAUAGUGUGCUAUUUGCAGCCCGUGGUUUUGAUUGUUCUGGUGUUGUUAGUGAGAUUCCCAUUGUCUGUAACAAUGAGCAAAGCAGUGCUCCCCGGGAAGCGGUAGUGACAUAUACGCCUGGCUACAAGAAGACCCCUCCACCUGUUCCUCCUCGUUCCACCACUAAGCCAGUGAUUUCUGUAACAGCCCAGAGCAGCACCGAGUCGACGCAGGAUGCUUACCACGAGGGUCGGCCCUCACGGGGAGGGCUUUGGGCCACAGAUAGCCUCGGCCGGGUCAUCUACACCUCCACCGACAGCCUGGAUAGCGCAAAAGCAGUGACCCUAGCAAUGGAAACCGCACCCAAGCGUCUCACUUCUGCGGGGAGCUACAGCUCCGUUCAGACCUGCGAUAAGGCCAUCCUGGUGUCCAAAGCAGAGGAAUACCUCAAGACUCCGCGCUCUUCCAUCGGGAUACAGGUGGAAGCGGCCACAGAUUCUGAGACAGAUAGUAAAGGUCUCCCACAGUAUCACUCCGUGGGUAUCCAGGUGGAGGACGAGAAGAGAAUUGGCCGCUUUAAACGGUCCAACAGUGUGACGACAGCAGUUCAGGCCGAUUUGGAGCUGGAGGGGUUUCCUUCGACCGAAGACAAGAGUCUGCAGUUUGGAGGAUUUCAGCGGCAUUCUGAACCCAGUACGCCCACACAGUACAACGCGGUCCGGACCGUACGAACACAGGGCCUUUUUAGCUACCGUGAGGAUUACCGACCCUCCAGCGGGCCGCCCAGUCCACAGCCCGAGCCCUGGCUGGUGGAGCCCGCCCAUGAAGCAGCCGAGUCCGGCCGUGUGUCGCCACUCCACCGCGACGGCAGCUGGUUCAUGCAGCUUCUGCACAGCGAGACCAAACGGUUGGAGGGAUGGUGCAAAGACAUGGAGCGUGAGGCGGAGGAGCACGACCUGUCCGAGGAGAUUCUUGGGAAGAUCCGGAGUGCUGUGGGCAGUGCUCACCUCCUCAUGUCCCAGAAAUUCCAGCAGUUUUACUGGUUGUGUCAGCAAAAUCUGGACCCCAGCGCUAUGCCCCGCCCCACGGCUCAGGACCUGGCCGGGUUCUGGGACCUCCUGCAGCUCUCCAUCGAUGAUGUCACUGCCAAGUUUGAUGAGCUGCAGCAAAUCAAGAGAAAUGAGUGGAGGAUAGUGGAGAGUCCAGAGAAGAAGGAAAGAAAAUGGCCCCCUCCUGUUACAAAGAGGCCUCCUAAGGGUCGUGGAGCUGUCAUGCGUGAUCGAUCCCUGGAUCUGCAGGACCGACAGAGGCAAGAGGCCCGCCGCAGACUCCUGGCUGCAAAACGGGCUGCUUCGUUCCGUCAGAGCUCAGUUACAGAGCGGGCCGACAGCAUAGAGAUCUACAUCCCUGAAGCCCAAACCCGUUUAUGAAACACGUAUAUACUAUGCCUCACCAGUGCGCUUCACCAACAGGGUACACCCAUUCUGCUCCAUGUCACUGCUGCACUCGUUCACAUUCUCACAUCUGUUACAAGUAUUCUUCCUCUGCUCAUCAUCUACUCUGAGCUGAGAAUAGUGGUGAGUUUAUAUAUGCCUCAAACAGAG